CUCAUCCAAUGACCUUACGCUAUCUAUAAAUACUAAGUAAAACAAGUCUAUCAUCCAUACCACAAACACAUCAUCAUAUUGCCACGUUAUAUGAAAAGUUUUUAAAUCAAUAUAUUGUACGAAGAGGAUUCAACAUGUCAGAGAAAAAGCUGAUAACUUCAGCCGUGCAGAAAGCCACAAAUGUUACGUUUCAAGAAAACCUUGUUGGUCGUGAUAAGAGAGGUCAGGUCCUAGGACAAGGCAACCGUUUCUUGGGAUGCACUGUUUGGUUGACUGGACUCUCAGGAGCAGGAAAGACAACUCUUUCAUUUGCUCUGGAAAAUUAUUUGGUUAGUCAAGGAAUUCCAUCAUACAGUUUGGAUGGAGACAACGUAAGAACUGGUUUGAACAAGAAUCUUGGAUUCACACCUGAGGAUCGUGAAGAGAACAUCAGACGUAUUUCUGAAGUUGCUAAGCUAUUUGCUGAUGGUGGAAUAGUAUGCCUGACAUCCUUCAUCAGUCCGUAUGAAAGGGACAGAGCAAAGGCCAGAGAAUUACAUGAGAAAGCAGGACUAAAGUUUGUGGAGGUAUUUGUAGAUACCCCACUAGAAGUUUGUGAAGAGAGAGAUGUCAAAGGACUGUACAAGAAGGCCAGAGCUGGACAAAUUAAAGGUUUCACUGGAGUUGAUUCAGCCUAUGAACCUCCAUCUAAUCCUGAUGUUAGAGUAAAGGCUAGUGAAUUUAUUGUGGAUGAAUGUGUUAAUCAGAUUGUUCUACAUCUCAUGGAAUUGGGAGUAGUUCCUUCUACAGCCGUCAGGAGCGUGAAGGAGUUGUUUGUACAAGAGAACCAACUAGAAGCUGCCAAGGCAGAAGCCGAAGCUCUCCCAUGUAUGGAGAUCAAUAAGCUUGAUACUCAGUGGGUACAAGUUUUAUCAGAAGGUUGGGCCACACCAUUGAAUGGUUUCAUGAGGGAGAGAGAAUACUUACAAUGUCAGCACUUUGGCUGUUUGCUAGAUGGAGGUGUGACGAAUCAGUCUGUACCUAUUGUACUUCCUGUGUGUACUGAAGAUAAAGAGAGACUGAAGGAUUGUACUGCCUUUACGUUAAAGUAUGAAGGAAAAAAUAUAGCUAUCAUCCGAGAUCCAGAAUUCUAUGCACAUAAUAAGGAGGAGAGAUGUUGUAGACAGUUUGGGACUAGUAAUAAGGGCCAACCAUAUGUCAAGAUGAUAUAUGAAAGUGGUGACUGGUUGGUUGGUGGUGAUUUGUCAGUGUUAGAACGGAUAACUUGGAACGAUGGUCUAGAUGAAUAUCGAUUGACACCAUUAGAACUAAGAGCAGAAUUUAGAAGACUAGGGGCAGACGCAGUGUUUGCAUUUCAGCUACGCAAUCCUAUACACAAUGGACAUGCUCUAUUAAUGGCAGAUACAAAGAGAAGACUUAUAGACAAGGGAUACAAAAAACCAACCCUUCUACUACAUCCUCUAGGUGGUUGGACAAAAGAUGAUGAUGUACCUUUACCUAAUCGUAUAGAACAACAUAAAGCUAUAUUAGAAGAAGGUGUUUUAGAUCCAGAAUCAACAGUUUUAGCCAUAUUUCCAUCACCAAUGAUGUAUGCUGGUCCAACAGAGGUACAGUGGCAUGCCAAAGCCAGAAUGGCCACAGGAGCAAACUUUUACAUAGUGGGUAGAGAUCCAGCAGGAAUGCCACAUCCAGAUGGAGGCAAAGAUCUAUUUGACCCUACACAUGGGGCAAAGGUUUUGACAAUGGCACCUGGUCUCACACAGUUAGAAAUAGUACCAUUUAGAGUAGCAGCAUACAACACAAAACUCAAAUGUAUGGAUUUCUAUAAUCCGGAGAAGAAAGAAGAUUUUGAGUUUAUAUCUGGCACAAAAAUGAGAAAGUUAGCCAGAGAAGGCCAAUACCCACCAGAUGGGUUCAUGGCACCAAAGGCAUGGAAGGUCCUUCAAGCAUAUUACCAAUCUUUGAACAACCAAUAACAC